GGCAUAUGAAAUUGCUGUCAUAUGAAAAUCGAAAGUAGAACCAAAGAAAGUCACUAAAAACUAAAAAAUUAGGUGAACACAGUUUUAAGCCAUGUCUGUUAGCGAUAAGGCAGUUCUUGCCUUGUGUGAUGAAGUCUGGAAAUGGAGAUUAGUUGAAAGUCCGGAGUUUGCAUCCUUUUGUGGCUUUCAUCAGUAUGAUGAUGCAUGGGAUGAUGUUAGUGAAGAGGCUUACAAAAAAAGAGAGGCUUGCAUUAAAGAGUUUUUAAAAAAAGCUGAAGGAAUUCCAACAAAUUCCUGUUCUGCAGAAGUAGCCUUGAGCUAUGCAUUGCUUGUUGAUGAUUUAAAGCAGUAUCUCAAAGGUGCACAGUUUAAAAGUUACCUGAUGCCCAUAAAUUACCUGGAAGGUAUACACAAUAACUGCAACUUAACAAUCUCUUACAUGAAGUUUGAUACAGAAGCAGAUUUUGAAAAGUAUAUCAGCAGGCUAGAAAAGUUGCCAAAAAGGAUAGAACAAGUAGUUACCAAUUUACAGAAAGGCAUAGAAGAAAACAUAGUCCUACAUCUGAGAUCUGUGUCCAGAGUACCAAAGCAAAUAGAUGACAUGUUAAAAACUCCAGUAGAAGAACUUGAAAUCUUUACGCCAUUGCAAGGAGAUCAUCCUAAUGUCUCUAAAGAAAAAUUAGAAUCCUUUCAAGCUGAAGCCAAAAAUUUAAUAAUUUCCAAAGUUAACCCAGCAUUUCAAACUUUAAAGGACUUCCUAGAAAAUGAAUAUAUGAAACACCUGCGCCAAAAAGAAGGAAUCAGCUCUUUAGCAAAUGGAGAUGAGUGGUACCAGCAGUGCCUCGACUAUCAUCUCAGCUACCCAAUGACACCACAGCAAGUUCAUGAUCUGGGGCUAAAAGAAGUUGGACGAAUAAAACAACUUAUACUGGAAGCUGCUAAGAAAGAAGGGCUGGGUGAAAAUUUGCCUGCUAUCUUAGAAGCAGUUGUUGAAAGGCAGAAAAGUUUUUUUAAAACAAGGGAGGAAGUUCUUGACUAUGUCAAAGAUUUGUGCUACAACAAAAUUAGGCCAAGACUAGCUAAACUUUUUAAGAACUUGCCAGAUUCUCAAAUGACUAUAAUACCUGCACCAGAAUACAUGAAAAACUCACCAGCUGGAUAUUACCUUGGUGGCACACCUGAUGGUUCCAGAAAAGGAAUUUAUUACAUCAACAAUCACAAUCUGGAAGAAUGCUAUCCGUAUCAGUUACCUGCCCUGAGCCUGCAUGAAGGUGAACCUGGACAUCAUUUACAGGCUGAGUAUGCCCUAACUGCCACUCACUUGCCAGAUUUUCGCAGAUAUUGUGAGGACAUGAAUUAUUAUCUACCCCCUGCCAAGUUUGCCCUGAACACUGCAUAUGUAGAAGGCUGGGGAUUGUAUUCAGAAUCAUUAGGCGAGGAGCUGAAUAUUUAUACAGACACAUUUGACUUACUGGGUCGUUACAAUUUUGAGAUUUUCAGAGCAGCAAGAUUAGUGGUAGAUACCGGACUGCAUGCAUUUGGCUGGAGCAAGGAGCAGGCUGUACAGUACAUGACAGACAACACACUCUCUGUCCAAUCAGAGAUGAUUAAAGAAGUGGACAGAUACAUUACAUGGCCUGGCCAGGCUUGUGCAUACAAAGUUGGAGAAAUAAAAUUUUGGGAACUGCGUCACAAGGCUGAGGCUAAAUUAGGGAGUAAAUUUGAUGUUAAAGAAUUCCAUCAUCGUGUGCUUUCAUGUGGCAGUGUGCCACUACAUGUGCUGGAACACAUUGUGGAUAAGUUCAUUGAGGAAACUAGUUCUGCUUCUGGUGAGGGGAACUAACUCUGCUCAAGUUUUGUUUUUACUUCAGAAGUAUAAAUAAUCAAAUUUCAUUUUUUGUUUUUGUUUUACCAGAGAGUAUUAUUCUAUACAAGCUUGAAUAAAGAUUUUUUUUACCAUUCCUAUUUGCAAUAAUGUGUACAUUUUGUGAAAAAAAUCACACAUUUAAAAUUAAAAUAUAAUGACACUUCAUUAUGUUUAGUUGACAAUAUGAAAAAAGGUAAUUUCUUUUUACAAUUGCUGCUUUUAUUCAGAUUUUUAAAAUUUAUUUAUAAAUGACGUGCAAAUAUGUGUAAAUGAAGAUGAAUUAUAAAAGAAAUAUUGCCUUGUACAUAAUAUUAAAAAUAUCAAUAAAAAUCCAAUAGCUAUGUCAUUAAUGUGAUGAAUGCUCUGUAAUUGAUCCAGUACAUCUGUGUGUUCAUUCUCAUUUAUUAUUUUCUAAUAAAUAAUAGAACGUAAUGUGAGCAGAUGACUAUUGAUGACACUUAAAUUAACAGCAUAAUAGUUUUAAAAUCCAUUAUGGCUAUUAUGCAGACAUUUAUUUAUAAAUAUUUUUACUAGCCAGCCAGGGUAAACUACUCAUGAUAGUGUCCUAAUUUAUAAAAACAACCAGUGCCUUUAGAACGUUUAGAGAAGUAGCUACUUACUAAUUUAUAUAUCAUAUUACCAUUCGUAGUGUGGUUUUUUUUUAAUUUUAUUUUUAAAUUUGGUUUUAUCUAGAAUUAACAUUCAAAUACAUUCAAAUUGUACCAAUAGAAGCUUUAUAUUUUAAUAAUGUUUGUAUUUUCCAGUUUAACAUUCCAACAGAAUG